AUGACUGCCGGCAUUCAUAUUGGUUGCCGGCAUUCACCAAAAAAGACUACUCGACUUGGUGAUCUCCCGGACUUGAUAUUGGUUGAAAUCCUUGCUGGACUUGCUUGCAAAUCAACACUAUUUCGAGCCAAGUGCGUCUCCAAGCGUUGGUUGAGUCUCCUCUCUGACCCUUAUUUUGUUAGGACCUUUCUGAGUGUCCAAGGUGUUGACGAAGGAAACGCCUUUCUAGGUGCAGAGAAAGAACGACAUGUUCAUCUAGAAUUGGUGGCAACAUAUAAUGAUUUGGUUUUGUGCUGCAAAACCUACACAAUUUACGACGACGAGGAUAUGGAGUCUUACUUGAUCCACAAUCCCUACUACAUCUGUAAUCCAUACACCAAGAAGUGGCUUGCACUCCCUCCCGGCAACCAUCUUCGAGUCCCUUCCAGCUGCACAACAUAUGUGGGAUUCAUCUGCGAGCCCUACUUUAAGCAGCAGCAUUCAGAACAAGCUAGUUCAAAGAUCACUCUUAAUGCGGAGUAUAGAUGGAGCGUUGUGCAAAUGUUGAUUCCUCUUGAGCCAUCCAUGCAUCAAUUACGAAUGGACAUCUUCUCCUCCGAGACUGGACAGUGGAGGCCAUUGGUGUAG